AUGCCAGGACCAAUGGAAGAUAGCUACCAAAACAGCAACCAUCAAAAACGCCAAGCAUGCAAGAACCUCAUUGUUGCCUGCAUUGCCGUGCUAGUCUUCAUUUUCGUCACUAUCCUUGGAGUCUUCACCGUCGCUGGCUCCGUAUCCCAAACUCCGCCCAUUAGCCACCUCUACCUAACCGAGCUCCAUGUAAACAAGACCUACGACAUCCAACUUCGGGUAGGGUACUUUGGUGGCUGUGUGUCCAUCUCCAACACCGCAACCCCCCCUUCCCAGGACAGUCGCAACUCCUCCUCCGAUUAUACCACAUCCUGCGUGAUGAACAUGCGGGGCUCCGACCCCGGCGAUCUCAACGAGUGGUUCUGCGACAAGCUCGACUUAUCCAACGACACCAAGCCCGCGCUUCAGGAUGCCCUGGACUCACUCCUACCCAUCGCCCAGCACCUACAAGCGGACGUGUUCAACGGGGAGCUGCCCGUCAUCUCCGUCGUCCUCUUCAUCAUCAGCAACGUGAUGCUAGCCGUUGGCUUGGCAGGCACCUCGAAGAAGCGCCGGUACAAGGCCGCCAUGCUGAUCACUAUACUCCUCAGCACCUGCACUCUAGCCCUGGCACUGGUGACCAGCAUCGGCUCGCGACAGGCUAGCAACGCGUUGUUCGGCGGGAACUUUUUCACGAGCGAGCAGGCACUUGGCGGUGACGUCUUCGUCGAGCGCGAGGCCUUGCAGUAUAUCAUACAGGAUGCCUACGUCACAGUCGCGGCCGCGUGGUACAUCAUCGUCGGGAUCAGGUUCGUGCGGCGGAACUUGGAUGGCGGGGAGGGACAGAGAAACCCGUUUGGCAGCAUGAAAGUCUUCAACUUCUACUAA